AUGGCAAUCCUACCGAUACGGACAAAUUUCAAGGGACCAGCCCCGCGAACUGGCAAGUUGCCAGAGUUGUUUAUUUUUUUGUUAAAUGAUGGAGAAGAUAUAAUUGAUGAAGCUCUUGCCUAUUUCAAGCCGAAUAUUUUCUUCCGUGAAUUUGAAAUCAAAGGACCAGCCGAUCAGUCCAACUAG